GCUCAUUUUACUUUUCAUUCUGGUGCUUUGUUGUAAUUUGGCGGAAAACAGUCUCAGAUAAAUACAAACAUUCUUUGUUUUACUACAUGUACCUUAUCAGUAAUAUCAAAUUUAAUGUUUUCACACCAGGUGAGACAAUGUUUUAACAGUUUGUCAUCCGCAUCUUUCGUUGAUAUUUUUGCGGGACUAUCACUACAACUUUCAUCAUUUCUAAAUUGAUGCUUUUCUGUGCCGUUUUCCACUGCUUCUUAUCGUAGCCGGUGUUUGGACUAUUUGUUCCCAUUAACAAACUUCCGGUCUGUAAUAACUGUAUUACUUCUGCGUUCAGCGACAGUGUGUGAACUAUUUGAUUGGUUGCUUGUGUUAUAAUUCCGUUUAACGUGAAGCGUCUAAACUAGCCUAACAAACGUUUCGUUUUUUCCUCUGAUAAAAACAGUCCUAAGGCGUGUUCAGACGACCGAGCGUUCGCUAAAUAAAUUGACUGGCUUCAUCUUGACCGACUGACUGACUGUCGGACCCUAUGGUAUGGAUGAAGAACUUCUGAAGAGAGAACUGAAAACCACAACAUUGAAGCCAUUUGGAGGAGGUGGUGGUGGCUGCAUCAGCAGUGGACAAGGAUAUGACACUGAUCACGGCAGAGUGUUUGUUAAAGUCAACAACGAAUCACAGGCUCGUCGUAUGUUUGAUGGAGAAGCUGCUAGUUUGAAGGCUAUGUACACAGCUGCUGAAGUCAAAGUACCCAAACCAAUCAAGGUUUUUGAUCUCCCAGUGGGUGGAGCAGCCAUAGCCAUGGAGUACCUCGAUUUGUCAGGCAGUCUCUCAAGACACGCUGGUCUUCUGGGUCAGCAGCUUGCGAGACUCCAUCUGAAGAAUGAGAAGGUUGGUGAAGAGCUGAAAAAGAAAGACAGUUCGGUACACAGAGGAUCUGGAGACCUGAAAUACAUCGAAAGAUUUGGGUUUGACGUGGCAACCUGCUGUGGGUACUACCCACAGGACAAUACCUGGAACGACGACUGGGUGAAGUUUUAUGCUCGUAAGAUUGAACAGCAGCUCGAGUUUGUCAAAGGUGAUCGAGAAGCUGAGGAUCUGUGGUCGCAGAUUUUGCCCAGACUGGACUCGUUCUUUAAAGAUGUUGAUGUUAAACCAGCCUUACUUCAUGGAGAUCUGUGGUCGGGGAAUGCUGCAGCGGACAAAUCAGGUCCUGUGAUAUAUGACCCUGCCAGUUUCUAUGGACACUCUGAGUAUGACUUAGCAAUAGCCAACAUGUUUGGAGGAUUCAGUUCGGCUUUCUUCCAGGCCUACUUCCAGGUGAUACCAAAGUCUCCGGGAUACGAAAUACGACAGCAGCUCUACAAGCUGUUUCACUACAUGAACCACUGGAACCAUUUUGGUGGUGGCUACAGAGACUCGUCAAUAUCUACAAUGAAAGGACUUCUGAGAAAUACAAAGAUCUAGCUCUUUUUGACAUUUGCGGAUUAGUUUUUAUACUCUAUACUUUUUUUGUUUUGCAAAAUCUGUAUAAAGCUUUAUGAUGAUCCA